CAGGAUCUGUCUUGCUGUCGUUUGACAUUUUUUGAUGAUUGUUGGCGAGAACUGUCAUGAUUUCAGAAAUUUUAUAGCGCAUCAUGCUAUAUGAGAAUGUAGUCUAAAGUAUGGGCAACUCCUCCUCUUCUGAGCUGCCAUUGGCAGGAGUUAUCUGCCUUGCAGUUUUUGGGUACACAGCCUUAAUCUUUAUCAUUGUGUUCAUCCGAUACAUGUGUGUGAGACAAGGAAAGUGCCAAGAUGUGGAGUGUGGAAUGUGUGGAAAAGAGGGCGCCCCGCAGUGUUCUGAUUGUUGUAUCAGCUGUUCGGAGUCGUGUGGAUGUAGUGCUCCUUCUGUGAAUAGCUGUCUUAAUAAUUGUUGUCCAAAUAAAAAGCUUACUUGCCUGGAUAUUUUGCUCUGUCAGUGCUGUUUAGGAGAAAAUAAUUGCUUUACAAAUCUGUACUAUUGCAAGUUUUGUGAGAUUCGGUGUGGAUCAGAGGACGGUGUGUACUCCUGUCGUGAGAGAGUUUUGGGCUUUUUCAAUUCUGAGGACUUUCUUAUGAACUUUUCCUGCUAUGAGGACUACAUUCAUGGUGACGGCUGUUGCCAUUACAGUUGUAAGAAAUUUUGGGAAACUCUAUGUGACAGAAAGGCUUGUCCAAAAUUGUGCAGCUGUGUUGACUUUUUGCGAGCACUUUGUAGAAGAGCAAGGAAACAUAAAGUAGAAAGUGUUGAUGAAGGUAUUGAGGUAUCUUUGGAAAGCUUAGAAUCUUAUACCAAGGGUCACAGAGGUCAUCGUCAUGGAGAUAAGCAUCGGCGUAUUACUAGUGACUCAGAUACUGAGAUAAGUAGUCAUAAGAUUCACCGUAAAAUACAGAAUCAAAGAAAUGUUAAAGUAUCUCAUAAAAAUGCUGAUGAAAGCAACGAUGAUGGCAAUGAAGGCGAUGACGAGGAUAACGAAAGUGAUAGUUUUAGCAGCUUUAGAUAGAUUUUAGAUUUUAAAGUCAUUGGUAAAAUUUGAUAUUAGGAUUGAAAGCAUUUAUUUAGCAUUAUGAGACUUCAUGUAUAAUGCUCAUGUAUAUGUGCCAAUAAGACUUUUUUCUCUUUUUUGACGUAUGUUUUAAUAAAGCAAGAGACUGUUCCAUGCAGAUUCAUUCAGUAUAUCCAAAAUCAGAUUAUGAUGCAAAAUAUAAUUCCAAGGAGAUUUAUUUUCUGACCAAGAGAUUAAUGAGACUUUCACAUUUCACAGAGGGACACAAACAAAUGGGUGUCAUUUUUAGGUUCUUUCUGCAGAUUUUAUCCAUUCUAUGAAAUUCUCUACGCACUGAUAAAAUUGUUUUUAAAAAAAUGUAUGAGCUAAAUACAAUGUAGCUGUUAUAAUCUGAUUCAUCAGGUUUACUUUAUUGUUUUAAUAUGGUUAGUUUUUGUGAUAUUUUGAUUUGGGUUUAAAGUGCUGUAGCCAGAAUAUCAGAUUUUAUACAUUAUACUAUGAGGUUACAAUUUGUAAUGUGUAAGAAGGUAUUUUUUUUCCUUGUUGUGAAAUUUUUUGUUUAGUAUUGUAAGUUUCAAUAUUUUUGUAUAGUUUUUCUUUGUUAAAUAUUCACUAAAUCCGUCCAUUUGGGAGUAAAUUUGCUAAAUAUAGCUUCAUCUGAUACAACUUUAUUGUAACUUUUAUCAUGAGAAUGUAAAUUUAAACUUCAUAGCAAAAAGCACUCCUAAGUGUUUCCAUACAUGUGUAUAUCAAUGCCUCCAUUUUUCAUUUUGACUCAGAUGUUUGGGUAAUUUUGUAUUUUCCUGUCAUUCAGUACAAAGGAAAAAUAUUUAAUUUAUAUAUUUUUGCCAUAGAUCUGAAAUGAUUGAAAAAUGUAUAUUUAUGGAAUUUUUUUUUUUCAAAAUCUCUAUUAAAAUAUU